GAAAUAAUGUGACCAGCUUAAAACAAAUAGUGCUGAUGUUUGAUUUCGGUUUGUGAAUAACCGAUAAAUAUUAAAUUAAUUUUAGAUCCAAAAUAAACUAUUAAUGAAAUCUACUCACUACAUGAUAGGAAGUAAACAAUAAAUAAAAUCUACUCACUACUAAUCCACUCAAACAUUUAAAAAUUGCAUUAUGAGCUUCGAGGUGACUGUUAAUCUUACAAUAAAAUCGCUUUUAAAUAUUAGAAAUAUUCUGUUUAGACCUGGACACAAACUUUCUAAAUGCCUCAAAAUGAUGUUACAUGCCUAUAUAAGUAACUCCCAAUAGUUUAUUUUCGGUUAGUACCGGUUGUAGCACAUUACUAUUUAUAAGACUUAAAAAACCAGCAACACAUGAAAUGUCAUUUUAGUCUACGGGAUAAAAAAAAAUAGACUAUAGACUACUAUUCUUGAGAGAGAUGUAUGUAUGGACUUAUUUUACCAGACAAAAAUAAGCCAAAUAAACCUAUAUUUAAAGCAUCGAGGAAUGUGUUUGGCAAUGAUUCCGAGUCUGAUGAUGACUCUAAUAACAAGCCAGUAUUAUUGAGACCCAGUGACAACAUUAAUCGUCAGGCAAAGAUUACUCAAAGUAAAGCUAUAGAAGAGGAUCCUACAAUAUAUCAGUAUGAUGAAAUAUAUGAUUCAAUGACCAUCAAGAAGGAAGAGAAGAAACAGAAAGUAAAGGAACAUAAACAACCAAAGUAUAUUGAAAACUUGUUAAAAACUGCUCAUAAAAGGAAAUUGGAAAAUGAACGCAGGGUUGAAAGACAGAUUCAAAAAGAAAGAGAAAAAGAAGGUGAUGAGUUUAAGGACAAGGAGGUGUUUGUGACAUCAGCAUAUAAAAAGAAAUUGGAAGAUUUGCGUUUAGAGGAGGAGAAAGAAAAACGUGAAGAGUAUUUAGAAGAAAUCGGUGAUGUUACUAAGCAGAGUGAUUUAGGAGGAUUUUAUCGCCACUUAUAUGAGCAGAAAUUGGGUUCAGAUAAGGUUUUAGAUAUACCUGCGGAAACAAUGGACAGUCAUGCAGAUGAAACGUUUAAAAAUAAACGUAAAGUAAAAAAUGAAGAUACUGAAGAUGCAGCAAAAAAAAGGUCUUAUAGGAAAAGAAAGUUAUCUGCAGAAAGUGACGGAAAUCUGUCUGAGGGAGAAAUUGUGGAUUCUGAUGAUGAAAUUAACCGUGUGAAUCUUGCUGAUAUAAGGUUGUCUAAAAAACCUAAACCAAUUGAAGAUAAUAUAGAUGCAGACUCUGAUUUUUCAAUUGAUUCUUCAAGUGAAGAUGACGAAACAAACAAGACAAAAGCAAAAAAGACAAAGAAAAAUGUGGAGAAGAAUGAGAAUGACAAUGUCAGCAAUGAUGUGCCUGAAGAGAGGACGCCGCCGAACCAAGUAGAAGAGGUUAAAGAAACGUUAGUUGAGACAACAGCAGAGGUGGCUCCAGAGCCUAAACCCAAAAUAGACAUUUGGAAGAAAAGAACUGUGGGACAAGUGUUUGAGCAAGCUUUGAAAAGGUACUAUGAAAGAAAAGCCGCUAAGGGUUAAUUUAAAGAUAUUUAUUAUACUUAUAUUACUUACAUCUAGUAGAGUAGUAGAAAAUUGAUUUCCGGGUUCAUCUUCAUUUGUGUUAUACCACCACAUAAUGUGCUUUGCAGUGGACUGAAAAUAAAAAAAUAAACUAUAUAUUUAACAAUUCAUAA